UUUAACCCAACUAACACGUCGUCGUUUGAAAUUUUCCGUCACAUUUUUUAUCCCAACCUUCAACGGAAAAGUGAACAAGUAUCGAUCAAGUAGAAAUGCUAUCGUUUCACUCAUGUGGAUGUUGCCGCGUUUCAACAUCCACAGCGUUCCAUUUCCAGUUUCGUACCUCACCUUCUUCACUCUUUCUCUGUUCUACGAGCUAUAAAUUUCGUUCUACCACAGCGAGCGCUGGUUCUGGUUUCUCUGGCGACUCAGACUCCGAUGGAGAUAGAAAAUUGAACUUCUCCGGUGUGCGGCUGGAGGAGGCUGUCGAUAGCACAAUAGGAUCUACAAAACUAAGACUCGAUAGUUGGAUCUCUUCCCGCAUCAACGGCAUUAGUAGAGCACGCGUUCAAUCAAGUAUCAAAUCGGGACUCGUUCAUGUCAAUGGUCGUGUCGUUGAUAAGGCUUCUUUCAACGUCAAAGCUGGGGAUCAGAUAAAAUGCACAAUCGCAGAGUUGCAGAAGUUGAGGGCUGUGCCAGAAAAUAUACCUUUGGAUAUAGUUUAUGAAGAUGAGCAUGUUCUAGUCAUAAAUAAACCUGCACACAUGGUUGUGCAUCCAGCUCCUGGAAAUACGUCGGGGACACUUGUCAAUGGCAUUCUUCACCAUUGCAAUCUUCCAAAUGUUGAAUUUUCUAAAGAUGAAGCUCUUUCAGAUACAGAAGAUUCUGAUGAUGAGGUUAAUAGCUAUGGCUCCAUGGCAAGUUCUUAUGAGGGAUCACAUUCUAGACUGUCUAUGUCAUCAAUUCGCCCAGGGAUUGUACACAGAUUGGACAAAGGCACAAGUGGGUUACUUGUUGUUGCAAAGGAUGAGCAUUCGCAUAUGAAAUUAUCCGAGCAAUUUAAACAACGCACCAUCAAGAGGGUUUAUGUUAGUCUUACUGCUGGGGUACCCACUCCGGUUUCUGGGCGAGUUGAGGUUCCAGUUGGCCGUGAUCUUAAUAACCGGUUGCGUAUGACUGCUGUAGCUGGACCAGUCAAUUCUAGAAAGGCCCGUCAUGCUGCUAGUAGGUACAGAGUAAUCGAGAUACUUGCUGGGGGAAGUUGUUCAUUGGUUGAGUGGAAGUUGGAAACUGGACGCACUCAUCAGAUCCGUGCUCAUGCUAAGUAUUUGGGAGUUCCUUUACUCGGUGAUGAGGUGUAUGGAGGGACAAAAAGCAUGGUCUUGUCUCUACUAAGGCCCCGAACUCCUAUCAGUUUGCAUGGCAAAAUUGUUCAAAUGGUUUCUAGGCUAGAUAGGCCUUGCCUUCAUGCUUUGACUCUCGGGUUUCAGCAUCCCCAUACAGGGGAGCUGGUGCACUUUUCAUGUGAACCCCCUGUAGACUUCGAUGAGAUUUUGAGCCAGCUUCGUAGAAUUGGUAGUGAGAGUGUUUCUUUCUCAAAGCGUUCAAAUUUUUGACGAGGGCACUGCAUUCAUAUUUUGUAAGCAGCUUCGUCUUGUCAAAUUACUUCGCAUUCUUUUUUUUUUUUUUUUAUAUCUGUAAACUAUUGUUAGAUAAAAGUCUAGAUAUGUGCAUCAUUUUGCAUUUACAUAAUACUAGUAGUUCUUUUAUCAAUUUUAGCUUUUUAUUUUUUUAAGUUGUUCAAAAUUAAUAAAAUAAGACAGACUGAACAACAACAAAGUCAAUGAUCUAUUUAAAUGAAAUACUCCGUAAGAACUUAUAAAGGUUAUGCUUAAACUAAUCGGUAUAAACUUUCACAUAUAGUUUUCCUAAAUUUUAACUUACUGAAAAAAUCAUGUUAUUUUUUUCUUUUUAUUUUCCUAAUUUAGAAGUCCCUAGAGAUCUCCUUUGGCAAUUUCCUCCAAUGUCGUUUUUUAUUCCUCUCCACCUUUUGACAUGACAAACAAUCAUGCUACCUACUUUUUUUUUUUUAUUGUAGUCUCUUUAGGUCUUGCUUGUAAUGUGAAAAUCAUCUUAACUGAUUUUAUCAGCUUUACUCAAGCAGUGAUGCUAACCUUUUCUUGUAUUGUAUUUUGCCUUUUUAAUUUGACUACACUUAAUAUUUCAGUUAAAUUACACUUACCUAUGUCUCAUUUUUUUCCUUGUGGUUAGUUUGAUGUUUAAGGUACGAUACAUAAUGAUAUUCUAUUUUAUUAUAAUUAAAUUGUUUCAAUGUAUCAAUAUCAUAUUCUUUAUCCUAUUUUAUUGGUGGUGUAUUUUUUGUCUUGAAAGUAACUAGAUAGGAUAAUUGUUCUCCCUUAUCCUCUCUCUUGAUAGCCCAUCUUGGUUACAAUAAUUGUUGUAUACAAUCCCUGUCAUCACCACCAUUAUUUCUAUUGUUUUAAUUAU